GCUCCCGCCCGUGCCGCUCCCGAAGCCGCCGUCACCAUGAUCUCCCUGUCCGACACGCAGAAGAUUGGAAUGGGACUAACAGGCUUUGGAGUGUUUUUUCUCUUCUUUGGAAUGAUACUCUUCUUCGACAAAGCUCUUUUGGCUAUUGGAAAUGUUUUAUUUGUGGCUGGCUUGUCUUUUGUUAUCGGUUUAGAAAGAACAUUCAGAUUUUUCUUUCAAAAACACAAAAUGAAAGCAACGGGCUUCUUCCUGGGUGGUGUACUCAUAGUUCUCAUUGGCUGGCCUUUAAUAGGAAUGAUCCUGGAAAUUUAUGGGUUCUUCCUAUUGUUCAGGGGGUUCUUUCCUGUGGUGGUUGGCUUUAUUAGAAGAGUUCCAGUUCUUGGAUAUCUCUUGAAUUUACCUGGUAUAAGCUCGCCUACGUAGGCUCAGAAGAGAAUCCACAGUAAUGCUUGUAGAUAAAGUUGGAGAAAGCAACAACAUGGUAUAAUGACGAGAGGGUGGAAGACUGAUCUAAACUUUUACUGUAUUAUUUAUAAAAUCCCUUUGAAGAAUACUCAGCACAAAGAUUAAGUUGUGUACAAAGGAAAAAGCUUGUUACAUUCUUUACAUAACAGUUUAAUUUAAAAUGUAUAGUCAACAAUAUACAUUAGAAAAGAAGCUCAGCAAGUGUGCUUCUAGGAAAGUAACUCCAGAGUUCGGGAAGUCAACUGAAGAGGGGAAAGUCAUGGAAUAACCCCUGUUACAACUGUUCAAGACUAUUUCUGUUGGUUUUGGAAAACAUGCUAGAGGCAAUGAACCCUUGUUGAAUUAACGGUGCCUGUUCUUUACCUCCUUAUUUUGAAGGUGCAGUAGAGCAAACAGGCCUACAUUUUUAAGGGUGACCCAAACUUACCCAACCCUCUGCUUGCUAUCCUCAGAGUGCAAAAAAUCAAACAGGAAACUUCUUGUGUAACAAGAGAUGCAUCUUUGCAUGAAGGUUAAGAUGACUAUUCAUCUAUAAUGUAUUAUGACAAUAAAAAAGAAACCCUACACAGUUCUGUUGUAAACAUUUUUGUAAAUAUGUGGCUGAAAUACAGCAUUGUUAUCUUAAUGUUUCAAAGCCAAAUGUUAGUUGAUUGUAUUUGCCUUCCGUUUCGGAAUAUGCAAAAGGUCAAUCUUUAAUAACUUUGGUCUUAAAUGUUGGUUCUGAACAUGCAGAGCUCAGUGGAGAACUCUGGAAGCUGACUUGCAGGCCUUCCAGUUUGUUCUCCUUGAGCCAUGUUCCCUGUGCAUCCUGAUGAGAAUGUAGCCCCUUGUCACUAACGUGCAAACUCUGUGAAACAUGCUUAGUUCACAAAAAACUGCAUUAGGCUGAGGUGCUGAUGUGAACCCUGUGAAAUGUUACUUACCAGAAUUUGGAGCUUUGUUUUUAACCAGUUUGAAACUAAGCUUUCUUUGUUUACUCUGGAACUACGAAUUGACUUUUAUUUUUUACGGUAAUAAAAUGGAAACUUAAAGCUCUGUGUACGUGAGUCUGUGGGGAGAAAACUGCUGAGUGACUGGGGCUGACUACAGAUCAAGUGCCAAUCUCCAUGUGUUUGUAAUGUGUUACUGGUUAGCUGGUUAUCUUCAGACAGCUCCUGGUUACAGCAGCAGCUUUGUUGUUACUGAGGAUUCUUGGCUAACCUGGAAUAAAUGUCCCCUCCUAAUA